AUGUCGCUCACGGGCAACGUGCGGGCGCGGCGGCCAGCGUCGCCCCCGCCAGGAAUGUCGCAUCCGUCUCCGGGCGUCCCACCGAUGACCAGCCAACGUUUUCCACAUCCUAGAGAAGACCAUUUGGACGCUGAUGAACGACGGGCGGCGGCUUCGAAGGGAUAUGGACCUGUUGGGAGUAGGACGAAGCAGUUCCCCUCCGGAGGUCUGAAUAUUACCUCGGGAGAGUGGAAGUUGUUGGCGUUGAUUCUGCUCGUUGCGUGCGGUGUUAGGUUUUACCGCUUGUCUGAACCUAAUAGUGUUGUGUUCGAUGAGGUGCAUUUUGGAAAGUUCGCCUCGAGGUAUAUUAGGUCGAGGUACUUUAUGGAUGUACACCCUCCGCUAGCGAAGCUGUUGAUUACGCUCGCUGGGUUCCUUGGUGGGUACGACGGCAAAUUCGACUUUAAGGAAAUCGGAAAAGUGUACGAGAACGUUCCCUAUGUCGCCAUGCGCAUGCUCCCAGCGACGCUCGGAGUUGCAACGAUUCCACUCGCAUACCUGACCCUGCGAGGCCUCGACUGCCGCGCCACGACGGCCCUCCUCGCCUCCCUCUUCAUCACCUUCGAAAACGGCCUCGUGACCCAAUCCCGGCACAUCCUCCUCGACUCGCCCCUCCUCUUCUUCACCUCCCUCACCACCUUCUUCUGGGUCGGCUUCUGCAACGAGGACAAGCACCACCCAUUCACAAAGUCGUGGUGGACCUGGCUCAGCCUCUCCGGUCUCGCUCUCGGCGCUACCUUGAGCUGCAAAUGGGUCGGCUUGUUCACCGUUGCUACUAUCGGUUUCAACACGGUCUAUCAUCUCUGGAACUUGCUUGGGGAUACUAGGGUCUCGCCGCGCACGUUCAUGAGGCACUUCAUUGCUCGUGCUAUCUGCUUGAUUGCUAUCCCUAUUAUCUUCUAUAUGGCGAUGUUUGGGGUGCAUUUUGCGAUUUUGAGGUGGUCUGGAGAGGGAGAUGGGUUUAUGAGCUCCGAGUUCCAGCAUACACUCAAGGGACGGGGGAUGAGUGAUACCUUUGCUGAUGUUGCGCUUGGCUCGAAAGUGACGAUUCGCCAUGUGAACACCCAAGGUGGAUAUCUUCAUUCGCAUCCUCACAAUUAUCCCACUGGUAGCAAACAACAACAAAUCACCCUCUACCCCCAUCGUGAUUCCAACAACGACUGGCUCCUUCUCAACGCUACCGGAGACGGCGUCGCCCAAUACGACUACGAAAACGAGCCUCUCAAGUACAUCACCCCAGGGAUGCGUCUCCGCCUGCGCCACAUCUCCACGGAAAAGCACCUGCACUCGCACGACCACCGCCCACCCGUUUCCGAAGUCGACUUCCAAAACGAAGUGUCUGCCUAUGGUAUGAAAGGGUUCGCGGGUGACGGCAAUGACGAUUGGAUCGUUGAGAUUGAGCGCGGGCACAAGUCGGAUAAGGAGAGUCAUAAGAGGUUGAGGACGCUUAGGACUGUGUUCCGGUUGAAGCAUGCGUACCAGGGGUGCUACCUCUUUUCGCACAAGGUUAAGCUGCCGGAGUGGGGGUAUGAGCAGCAGGAGGUUACGUGUAACAAGAAUGCGGUGAGGGCGAAUUCGUUGUGGUAUAUUGAGACUUCGUCGCAUCCUGCUCUGCCUCCCGACGCACCCAAGGUGAACUACAAGCUUCCGGGCUUCUUUGGCAAGUUCUGGGAGUUGCAGAAGGUUAUGUGGACCACGAACGCUGGGUUGACUGAUCGUCAUACCUAUGAUUCGCGUCCUGAUGCUUGGCCUCGUCUUCGUCGCGGUAUCAACUUUUGGGUGAAGGAUCACCGUCAGAUCUACUUGAUCGGCAAUCCGUUUGUGUGGUAUUUGAGUACCUUUGCUGUGGCAGCGUAUGCUGUUGUCCGAGGGUUCAUGAUUCUCCGUGCUAAACGUGGAUACAAGGACUUUAACAAUACCAAAGUCGUGAAAUACGACUCCCUCUGCGGGUUCUUCUUCAUGGGCUGGGCCCUGCACUACUUCCCCUUCUUCCUGAUGGCUCGCCAACUCUUCCUUCACCACUACUUCCCCGCAUUAUACUUUGCCAUCCUGUGCUGGUGCAUCGUCUUUGAUCUCAUCACCUCCACGUUGAGGCCCAAGAUCCGUUUGCAGAUUGCCGCGCUGUUGAUCGUGUUGGCGGUGUGGAAUUUUUAUUAUUUGAGUCCGUUGGCGUAUGGGUUGCCGUGGACUAAGGCGCAGUGUCAGAAGGCCAAGUGGUUGAAGCAUUGGGAUUUUUCGUGUAAUGAUUUUUAUGCUGAUUACUCGAUGUACAAGACAGUCGGAACCACACCUCCCGCCAAAGCCGUCGUCCCAACCAUCGGAGCAGGGGAGAAAGCGCCCGUCAUCAACCACAACAAUGACAACAAUCCCGCCGACCAGAAGAAGAGCGACCUCGAAACGACAGCUGCGCGAGUUGGUAUCCCCGAACCGGGUCGUGACGUGUUUGAAGAACAGCCGGUUGGGCAGGAGGUGAAGAGUUCGACUGGUGCGGGUGCGGGGGAGGUGAAACCUGAUGCGGAUACGAGGGAGGGAAAGUUGAGUUUGGAUGAGACAGUUGUUGGUGAGAAGGAGAAGGAGGUGAGGGAGGAAGGUGAGGUGAAGGUGGAGGGUCCUGAAGCACCGAAGAAAGAGGGUCCUGUGGAGGGUCCUGAAGCGCCUAAAAAGGAUGAAAAUGUGGUGGUGGUGGAUGAGGAGCAGGAAGCUGCGAAGAAGGUUGCGGAGGAGUUGUAUGGAGGUGAGGGUGCAGCUGCCCCUUGA